AUGAGCGACACUUCAGAAGCAAGUUUCAAUGCUGUCGAGUCGCCACUACUUCCCACUCGAGCCCAGAAGAGGUGCCAAGUCCAGAAGAGGUGGCGAGUCAUAUCUAUCACCGUCCGGAGCAUCAGACGCUUCUCUUCUGUAAAAGAGGAAGUAGUAGUCAACGACGGAGUAGAGUUGACACCCAUAGUUUUCGAUGCCCAGAAGAGGUUGCGGGCAUUUUGGACAACGCUCUAUAGCAUCAAUGCCUUCUGUCGAGCAAAAGAUAUUGCACCUGGGAACCAAAGCGGGCUGUUGGACAAUCCUUUACCAUCUCCGUUUGAUACAGUUAUCGAUGUUAUGCCAGAACGCUUAUCUGAGCCUACUCCCGUGAAAAAAAUUGUUACACCAGAAUGCCUAUCUGAGCUUGCCCGCCACAAAAACAUCGAGCAGCUUCAUCAGCUUGGAGGCGUUCCAGGAGUUGCCUCAUAUCUCAAAUCCGAUGCUGAAAGCGGUAUCCAAGGUGAUGAUGAGGAAAUUGCACGUAGGCGCCAUAACUUUGGUUCAAACACUAUCCAGAAGCCAACUCCAAAAACUUUACCCAUUGUGCUUGAGACCGUCAGAGAUCCCAUCAUUAUUAUCCUACUUGUCUGUGCAACACUUUCAGUCUGUUUUGGUAUAACACGUCAUGGGCGGAGAGGAUGGUCUGAUGGGGGAAGCAUAUUUGUCGCUGUCAUUCUUGUGAUCAUGGUGACUGCCACGAGUAACCUCUGGCCAAGAAGACAAUUCUUUAAGCUAUGGAAAGCUCGUGACAAAUUCUCAGUCUCCGUCAUCAGAAAUGGGCAACAGAUGCGCAUCUCAGUGUUUGAAGCCGUUGUUGGGGAUAUUAUUUGUUUGAAGACUGGAGACCAAGUUCCUGCUGAUGGCUUAUUCAUAGAUGGGAACCCUUUACAGGUGAACGAGUCAUGCAUCGCAGCUUGGAGGGAAUCAGUCGAAAUCAAUGAAAGCUGUAAUCCAUUCUUUCUCUCUGGCACGAAGGUGAUCAACGGUUCUGCUCGAAUGCUUGUGACUGCAGUCGGCAUCAACACAGAAUGGGGGAAGAUGCUGAGCUCAAAAAGCUAUGAUAUUGAGGAAAGAACUCCAUUACAAAGGAAGCUACGUGAGCUGACGAUACAAAUAUCUAAAGUCGGUUUAAUGGUUGCUUCCUUGGUGCUGGUAGUACUGCUUGUUCGUUACUUUGUCGGGAAUAUGCGGAAUGAGGAUGGAAAAUCAGACUUCACUGCAGGGAAGACAAAUAUCCAUGAAGUCUGCAAUGAUCUGAUAGGGAUCCUAGCCACCCCAGUUGCUAUUGCUGCAACUGCCAUCCCUGAAGGUUUGCUCCUAGCUGUCAUGAUAACCAUUGCUUACUCAACCAACAGGAUGGCAUCUCAAAAGGCACUAGUAAGAAAUCUUUCAGCCUGUGAAGCAGUUGGUUCCGCAGAUGUAAUCUGCACAGAUGAAAGAGGAAGUCUUACCUUGAAUCAUCUGAUAGUAAGCCAAUUUUGUUUCGACAACAAGCUUCUCAAUGCAGGAACUUCCUCAAUCAUCCCAAGAAAUGUUCUUGGACUGCUCCGUGAAGGUAUGCUUUUAAGAAGCACUGAAGCCUCAUCAGGAUCUCCCAUUGAACUUUUUGAGAGUCAAGUUCACAGUACAAUUCAGGCGUGGAGUGUCCAAGAUAUGGGAGUCAAUGUUGAACAAGUUCGAGCAAAUUGUGCCGUUCACAGUCCAGAAAGCUUCAAUUCUGAGAACACUCAAAGUAGCAUAUGGAUCAAGAGGAAUACCAGUGAUACUAUUCAUGUGCACCAGAAAGGCCAACCAAAAAUCAUACUGGCCACGUGCUCGCAAUAUUAUGAUGAAGAUGGGAUCGUCCAACCUAUGUCUAUUGAUGCAAAAAGAAACUUGGAGCAAAUAUUUCAGAAGAUGAAGUCUAAUGGUCUCAGUUGCGUAGCUUUUGCACAUAAAGAAGUGUCAGAAGAACAUAGUGAUGAAAACUCAGCUUUCAUAGGGUGCCUAGGCUUGAAAUGCCCAUGUCGGCCAGAGGUACAAAAGGCUGUGAUGGACUGCCGGGAAGCAGAAGUGGACAUCAAACUGGUCACAAGAAAUGAUCUUCCCACUGCUAGAGCCAUAGCCAUUGAAUGUGGUAUUAUUGAUCCAACUCAAGAUGAGACAACAGGAGAAUUAGUGGACCGUCAAAGCUUGCAAAGUAAUGCAGAAACAGAGAUAAAAGAGAAAUGUGGCACAAUCCGUGUGAUGGCACGAGCUUCUACUUUGGAUAAACUUCACAUGGUCCAAGGCUUGAAAGAGAGAGGCCACGUCGUUGCAGUUACUGGACAUAGCAUAGGGGACGCAACUGUGCUAAGGGAAGCUGAUGCAGGUCUCUCUCUGGGAAUUCAAGGGACUAGCCAAGCAAAGGAGAACUCGGAUAUUAUCAUUUUGGAUGAUAAUUUUGUUUCUGUAGCCAGAGUAUUGAGGUGGGGUAGAGGUAUGUAUCACAAAAUCCAGAUGUACGCACAGUUCCAACUUUCUGUUAGCAUUGCUUGUCUUGUGAUAGACUUCGUAACAGCAGUUUCUGCUAAAGAACCUCCAACUAUCAAUAUUGUUGCAGCCAUUUCAUCAGGUAAAGUCCCAUAUGCAGCAUUUCAAGUACUAUGGGUGAAGUUGAUAGUUGGUGCAUUGGCUGCGCUUGCUAUCACCAUUGAGGAACCACCAGAAGAGCUCAGACAAUUGCCACCAGUCAACCAGAAGCGUCCAUUUAUAACCAGCAUCAUGUGGAAGAAUAUAGUGGGACAAGCUGUCUAUCCUAUCAUUGUUCUCCUGACCAUACAGUUCAAAGGUCAAUCAACCUUCAACCUGGAUGCCAAAAUAAAGGACACCAUGAUCUUCAACAUCCUUGUUCUCUGGGAGAUCUUUGUCAUAUUCAACACGAAAAGAGUUGAAGGAAACUUCUUCAAAGGGAUACAUAAAAGGAAAAUGUUUUGGGGUGUAAUCCUAGCGAUAAUUCUACUGCAGGUAUUGAUUGGUAACUGUUAA